AUGACGAUGGAUCAACCACCGGCCAGUCGACACUUGGCCUACAGUCGCUACAUGGGCCAUGCCUUGCCGUGGCGGGGCAAGGCGGAAGAUGGGAUGGUCUUGCAGGGCGGCUCCUUUGGCAAGAUGAUGGACGCUCUGGCAAGCUCAUUGACACCCACGCGCUCCAACCUCUUCGCGCUGACGGGGUCCGCGCGGAAAGCCGCGCGGAAAGCCGCGCCGCGGAUGAAAGUGCCGAUUCGCUGGCCGAACCCGGAGGAUGAACGGAAGGAGGCGCGGCCGGGACCGGAGGGCGCGGCCGGGCGCGGCCGGGCGCGGGACCUCGGCUUGCGCGACUUGGGCUUCGAGGUCUUUCAGGGUGAGGUGGUUUGUGAAUUGGACCUCGAGGUCAAGGAGGUGCCAUGCUCAGGAGAUGGAGAUGAGGAUACCCUACUCGACGUGAUGCAGGUCCUGGUGCUCACCGACUUGGAGUUGUCCUUCUGGCCACCGGCCGCCAGUCGAGAAGAGGCCUGCUGCGCGCUGCGGCAGUUGCACACGUCGGCACGUCGCCGCGCCGUCUUGGCGGCGCAGCGGGUCCUCAGCUCAGAGAGCGUCCCGGCCACGGUGUUCCUCGCGAAGGGUGCGGUCCUCCACUCCGGUGCAGUUCCGCGGAAGAGUCGAGGUGUUUGGGAGCUUCCAGUGAGUGAUGUCAAGAAGCAUCCUGCUCUGCGCGCUGCAGAGUUUGUGGAGAGGGGCUUGGGCCUCAUCGUGGAAGAGGAGCUCCAGCCAGGGGAAGAGCUCCUGCGAGUUCCCGAGGAGAUGUUGUUGAACAUCUACACGGCCUUGCAAUCAGAGCACUUCGGUUCCGCGGCGAAGAAGCUGCUGCAAAGUGGCUUGCACGUGGAGACCGUCACCAUGCUCUUCGCAUUGACCGAAAAGAGGAGCCAUGAAGCGCGCCAAGCGCGCCGGAGCUCACGGAGGAUUUGUUGCCUUUGUCUUGGCCCAUCGAGGCGGUGGAAGCACUCAGCGCGGAGCUGGCUGCUCUUGUGCAGGAGACGCUGCAGUCUCUCUGGCAGCUCUCGCGGGAGGUGCGUCGUGGCCUGGGCUCCUUGCCGGAGGAGGAGCGCCGCAGCGUCGGACGUGUGCACUUCGACGACCUCCUGUGGGCGAGGUGCCUCUUUGAUAGUCGCGCGGUGUCGGUGGAGCUGCAGGCGACCGGGCCGUAGAGCACCGGAGCCUAUCCCAAGUCGGGUCGUUUGCCUGGCACCUGAGGUGGACUUGCUGAACCAUAGCCCUUGGGGCGUGUGUGCUCCUCCCUUCUUUGACCAACAGCGACGCGAGUUAGUCGUGAAGCUCUUGGGCCAGGCAGCCGUCGGUCAGGAGGUGUGCUUGUCCUACGGACCGCUCCAAACUUGGGAGAUGCUUUUCUACUACGGUUUCUGCCCAGUGGAGAAUCCACACGACCGCAUGGUGGUCAAGGUGGAUCUGCCCGAGGAUGAGGCGACCAGCGAGAGAGAGGUGAUCUUGCGUCUGCAGGGCAUUCCCACGGAGGUCGCUCUCCGUCCACCGGUGGAGGUCGGUUGUGGCUGGUGCAGUUUGGGCGCUUUGUGUCCACAGCUCCUAAGGUGCUUCCGAGUGCUCUUGGGCGACAUCGAGACUUUGGAUCUGGACGCUGCUCCCGGCGAAGGGACGUCGGACUUGGACCUUCAAUGUCUCACGGCCAUCGAGGAGCUCCUACAGGGCCUCCUUCAGCCGCUCAGAGAAGGUCCCGAGGAAGCUGAGAGAAGCUGGUGGCACCUCUACGGCGCCCGGAUCGAGGCCUUCCGGCAGUCGCAGCGGACUUUGCUGGAGGGGAACCUACAACAGCUGAACGCGCUCCGGCGGAGGCUCCAGGGGGAGAACAAGAAGCCGCGGAUGGAGGAUGCCCUGGCCGCCCAAAAAAAGCGUUGCCCAGCGGCUGGAGAUGCGGGGAUCGUGGACCAGUAA